AUGGCGAGAGAACAUGCGAAUGAAGCGAUCGGAAAGCGAAAGAAACGGAACAGAGUUGAAGAAGAAGAAGAAGUAUACAUCGGCGAUGGAAUCGGAAAGGAAGUAGAAGAAGAAGAUGUAGGAGACGAGAAGCUUCCAUUAGAAGUUGGAAUGUUCUAUUACCCAAUGACGCCGCCUUCGUUUAUCGUCUCCGAUGCUCUGGAGCCAGAUUUUCCUCUGAUCUACGUGAACAGAGUCUUCGAGGUCUUCACAGGUUAUCGAGCCGAUGAAGUUCUUGGUCGAAACUGUCGAUUCCUACAGUACAGAGACCCUCGUGCUCAAAGGCGUCACCCAUUGGUAGAUCCUGUGGUUGUGUCUGAGAUGAGGAGAUGUCUUCAAGAAGGUAUCGAGUUCCAAGGAGAGCUUCUCAAUUUCAGAAAAGACGGUACACCGUUAGUUAACAGACUAAGGCUAGCCCCAAUACGCGACGACGAUGGAACCAUUACUCAUGUAAUUGGUAUCCAGGUCUUCUCCGAAACGACUAUAGACCUAGACCGUGUCUCAUACCCUGUCUUCAAACAACAAAUCGAUCAGACCUCUGAGUGUUUGGUUCCAAGUGGAAGCCCGAGGUUCAAGGAAGAUCAUCAAGAUGUCUGUGGGAUAUUGAAUCUCUCUGAUGAAGUCUUGGCGCAUAACAUCUUGUUCCGGUUAACUCCAAGGGACGUUGCUUCCAUCGGUUCUGCCUGCAGGAGGAUGAGACAGCUGACGAAGAACGAGAGCGUGAGGAAGAUGGUGUGUCAGAACGCGUGGGGGAAAGAGAUAACCGGAAAAUUGGAGAUCAUGACCAAGAAGCUAGGAUGGGGCCGGUUAGCAAGAGAGCUCACAACUCUUGAAGCUGUGUGUUGGCGCAAGUUCACCGUUGGAGGGAUUGUGCAACCUUCCCGCUGCAAUUUCAGCGCGUGUGCCGUUGGGAACAGGCUCGUUCUGUUUGGUGGUGAAGGUGUCAACAUGCAGCCUUUGGAUGAUACUUUCGUUCUCAACCUCGAUUCGGAGUUUCCCGAGUGGCAACGCGUGAGGGUGAAGUCAUCUCCUCCAGGACGUUGGGGACACACUCUCUCGUGCCUUAACGGGUCGUGGUUGGUUGUCUUUGGAGGGUGUGGAAGAGAAGGGUUGCUUAAUGAUGUGUUUGUGCUUGAUCUAGACGCAAAGCAUCCCACAUGGAAAGAAGUAGCAGGAGGAACACCUCCAUUGCCAAGAUCUUGGCACAGCUCUUGCACCAUCGAGGGAUCUAAACUUGUUGUCUCAGGUGGCUGCACAGACGCUGGUGUGCUUCUCAGCGACACAUUCUUGCUGGAUCUAACGACGGAUAAACCGAAAUGGAGAGAGAUCCCGACGUCAUGGGCUCCUCCUUGUAGGCUUGGACAUUCUCUAUCGGUCUUUGGUCGGACUAAGAUCUUAAUGUUUGGUGGGCUUGCGAAUAGUGGUCAUUUAAAGCUAAGGUCAGGGGAAGCAUACACUAUAGACUUGGAAGACGAGAAACCGAGAUGGAGAGAGCUCGAGUGUAGCGCGUUUACAGGCGCGGUCGUACCGCCUCCGAGGCUGGACCACGUCGCUGUGAGCAUGCCGUGUGGUCGAGUCAUCAUCUUCGGAGGGUCUAUCGCAGGGCUUCACUCUCCUUCGCAGCUGUUCCUUAUAGAUCCCUCGGAGGAGAAACCGUCGUGGAGGAUACUGAAUGUUCCGGGGAAGCCGCCGAAGUUUGCUUGGGGACAUAGCACAUGUGUUGUUGGAGGGACUAGAGUGUUAGUUCUUGGUGGUCACACUGGUGAGGAAUGGAUACUUAAUGAGUUACAUGAACUCUGCUUAGCUAGCCGUCAGGAUUCGGACACGUAA